UUAAACUGUUGUUUAAAACAAUUAAACAAUGAAACUACCAUAUAGGAUUUUCGAAGCUACUCUUAUCAUAGAUUUUGAUGGUAAUUAAUUUUAAAAUUUCAAAAAGCUGUCUCAUGUAGUUCACGUUACUUUCAAGAAAACUGCUUGCGCAUCAAUAGGAAGUUCACUUACAAGAAUACAUUUUAGAUCCGCAGAUUGCAACUGCGAUGUCCACAGGUUCAGUAAGUGAUGUUGAAGACAUUCAAGAUCUGGCUGUCCACCGAGAAGACCUCGGCUACGGAAACCGCAAGCGGAAUGCCAUGGCUGACAUGCUUUGCAAUUCUGCUGAGAACUCCGAGGACGAAUCGGCCAACGACGUAGUUUACAACAACCUCAAGAAAAGACGCGCCAGGACUGGACCCAAUAACAACCUGCUCCACAAAGCACACAAGGACGGUAAGCAGUCGCAGAGGAACGCCGCUAACGCCAGGGAGAGGGCGAGGAUGAGAGUGCUGAGCAAAGCUUUUUCGAGACUGAAAACCAGUCUACCAUGGGUACCGGCGGACACUAAACUGUCCAAAUUGGACACGCUGCGACUUGCCUCAAGCUACAUCUCGCACCUCCGGCAGCUCCUUCAAGAAGACAGAUACGAGAGCUGUUUUGUGCACCCUGUUAACUUGGCAUGGCCAUUUGUGGUCUCUGGGAGACCAGAGGAAACCAAGGAGAUUUCAGCAGCAUCUCGACUGUGUGGAGCUACAGCAUAGCAUCAAUCUUUUAUUGCUUUAUUAUUUAUAUAUACUGUACUGAGUACUGACUUCCUAUCUGCCUCAACCGCAGUAUUUGUCUUUUAUCUUUUAUCCAGAUAUAUUUCAAGCACUUACUUUGAACUUUAAUGCAAGACUUUUAUGCACUGAGCAACUUGCUCAUCAUUAUACAGUAAAUUUAAGGAUUACCAUCUUCUGCAGAAUUGCCUCUUUGUGACAAAAGCAUAACCAGGAAACAGAUGGAACUUUUAAUUCAAGAUAAAGAUGAUUAACUUUAUGAUAUUCCAGUUAUAUAGCAGAAAACAGUUAUGUUUUAUUAUAACUUAUAAAGGGCUUUUCAGUGCACAGUUCGUUUAAUUUGAUUUAUGUGCAUUAUAAUGGUAUUAUCUGUUAUAGUGAUUUUACACUGGGUUUAAUGUACUCUGUGGAACAGUGGAAAAUAAUAUUUGGGUUUUCAAGACAAGGGUUGUACAAUAGGUACAAACUACAUGAUUAAUUUGAGUGUAUUGCAGAAGAUUUCAGGGAUUCCUGGGAUUGACGAAUGCGGUACUGGUUUCACAAUGCAACAUAUUUGUACAAGUAGUUUGCUUGGGCUUGCUAUAGACUAAUAUUUAAAUGAGAGGAAACUGAAAGUGGCAUUAUUCUCUGUCAUCCAUAUAAUGAGUCUUGUAAGGUGUUUCAUUUUGACAAGUAACAAUGCUUCAAACAACAAGCACUUACUGUAGGACCAAUACUUUCUCUUUACAGUGAAAUGUUUAUAUUCAGUUGUUGUACAGUAUGUGUGUUUUUAGUGCUCGGUACUAUCUGCCUGGACAGUGAUGAAACAUUAAGCUGUAGCCUGGUGUGAAAUAUCAUUUGUAAUUGUAAUCUACGGCAAAGCAGCAUAUUUUCAUACUUUUGUUGUGAUUAAACCAAGAUCUCUAAUGUGUAGCAUGUAUCAUUUAACACUCUUUGUUAUAUAUGUUUUUGUUUUGGUAACAAAAUAUUUUAUACCAAAGUGUCUUCAAUUGCCAUAUUCAUUCAUAUUACUAUGUCGUGGUUUCAUUUUUAUUGUCAUUGUAAUAGCAUCUGUUAAAUAAUGAACAACGGUGGUGGUAUUUUGUAAAAAUGUUUUUUGAAUUUUUUUUAUGAAUUCAUUUCCAGCCACAGAAUGUUUUUUGUCAGAAUGUCACUACCUGAUUGCUGAUGAA